AACAGUCAGGAAGCAAAACAGUAAUGGAGCAUAACUGAUAACUGAGGGGAAAAAGUUAUUUUCUCACAUUCUGUAUUGCGUCAGUUUACAUGACUGGAUCAGUUAAAAGGGGAGUUUUUGAAUGCGUCUAACAUUUAAUACUCGUUGCCAUAUACGUAUCUUAGCUUAUUUAGGCUACACUUAGCCUAAGUGAAUUUACAGACUGGUUAUGAUGCCUACCAGGAAUGUAUCUGGAGGUGGAGGAAUGCCAAACAACAAAGUGAAAUAUUCGCGUUUGGCUGACAGCGAUGAGGGCUACAUUGAUCUUCAGUUCAAGAGAGGACCACCCAAAGUUCCUUAUAAAGCGAUUGCCCUGGCGACCUUCCUGUUCCUCAUUGGGUCGUUAUUAAUAAUCAUCGGCGGGCUGCUUCUCUCUGGCUAUAUACACGUGUCGGACCCCAACAGAACAAUCCCUGUGCUGAUCAUCGGAGUGCUGGUCUUCCUCCCUGGGUUCUACCACCUGCGAAUUGCCUACUACGCGUCCAAAGGCUACAGAGGCUACUCGUAUGACGACAUCCCAGAUUUUGAUGACUGAGCCGGGCCUUCUGUGGUCAACCCCAACACCCCCCCCUCCCCUGAGCACCAGAGUUACUGGAGGUUUGGGGGUGAGGGGUUCAGGUCUUUGACCCCUCCAAACACGCGCACACACACACGCACACACACACACACACACACACACACACACACACACACAUCCUCGGGCCGCAGCUGCCCCCAGGACCUUGCAUGGGUCGCUUCUCUGUAUGUUGUUUACCGCACGUUUCUUCUGACGGAGGAAACGGAAACACCAAGUGGCUUAAUUGCACUGCACAUGCAUAUGCUGUAUUUUUUGGAGUUGGAAGUGACUGUGUUAUACAUGCCAGAAAUGGAGUAUUUAUUAUAAGCUGCGUAUACAUAGGACAUACAAAAGCCUUUCUGUGUUAAUAUGUUCUGCUGUCCUCUCUCCAAAGAUGCUAGUUGUAGAGGAAAAGGGCUCUUCAUAAUCAAGGAUCAUUUUCAAUAUUAUAGCAUGUUUUUUUUUUUUUUUCAAAAAUCCUGCAGUGUCUAGUAUUAUGGCUUGACCUACAAAUGUAUUUAUAAUUGUCAUUGAAUAAAUAUUUUAAUGGUGA